CCGUUGCGUGAAAAAAAAAAGGAGGUUGGCGUAAUUCCCCAAGACUUUCGUCAAUCCCAGUUUUAAGGAAGUGUCCCGGUCGUAUUAAAGUUGUUCUACAGAUACAUUAUGGCUGCUAUGAACACCGGAGUGUUCGGGGAUUCGUCGCUCUCUGUGAAAUGACUCGGUCAGGAUGCUUUUCAGUGUCCUGUGUGUUCUAAUCGCAGUCCAAGUCCCAUCUGUCCCAGCACUCUCUGAGGGGCCACCAGCACUCUCUGAGGGGCCACCAGCACUCUCUGAGGGGCCACCAGCACCGCCACGGUACGUCCAUGUUGACAACUGGCUGCUGACAUGGCCUCUUACCACCGAGGAGGGAAAUGUCACCUUCACCGUUCAGUACGAGAGGCUUCAGAGCGAUGUUUGGACAAAUGUUCCAGCAUGUGUCCAUAUAUCUUUGAAUUCCUGUAAUAUUACUUCCACUAAAGCUGAGGACAAGCAUGGCUGUGUUAUGCUACGUGUCCAAGCAGAGAGACGUGGGCUGACCUCGACAUCGGUCGAAGCCUGUAGCAAACAUGGUCACUCCUGUACUCCAGAAAUCCGUCUGAUUGUGGGGCCGGGCUCCCUGACUGUACAUUUGAACAGGAACCACAGUUUGGUUCGGGAGUAUGGAGACCACGCAAAACACAGGGUUUAUUACGGCAAGGAGGGAGAGCCCCGACAGUAUGCAGAUGCUUUGGCCUCAGUGACCCUGCGUGAGCUGCAGGGGGGACAGCGUUACUGUGCAGAGGUGCAGUUCCUUCGCUUUGAGAAGCCCUUUGGACCUGCCACCUGUACUCAGUGUGUCAUGCUUCAGUCAAGCGAAAACCCCAAAUCGCAGAUAGUAGCUGCUGUACUGCCUGUGGUCUUCCUGCUCAUUCUGAUACCGGUGACAGCAUACUUCCUCAUCUUCCAGCGUGAGAGAAUCAAGCGAUGGCUGCAACCUCCAUACCACAUCCCAGACGACUUCUUUCUCGAGCCAUUUUCUGAGAAUCACUUCUACAGCAGCAGCCCCACAGACGAGCAAUACCAUGUCAUUUCUUCCAUUUCCCAAGAGGAGCCCGGAGAAUGAAAGCAGUUUCCCUCCACCUACUUCUGCACUACACCUCCUCUCUGUGGCCUUGGUACUCUGCUGUGUGGGGAUCAGACCUGAGGAUUGAACUGUUGAGGGACUCCCACAUAUUUAUAUCUGGUCUGCUUCUCCCUGAAGCCAGACUUUCUGCUCAUAUGGAUUCUGGUGCCACAAACUUAAUUUCUGGGAUAAGGGAGAGAAAAGGCAGAACCACUCUCCAGACCACUGGAGUUAAUUAGCUCCACACUGUUUGUGAUCCCCGCUCUCAUUUGGCGAUCUAUAGGUGCAAGAAUUCUAGCAAAAUGUAACAUAAACACUGAGGUCCAAAAUUAAGAAACAUUUUCGGAUUCACAGAAAUGUGUGUGCCAAAUUGAUCAAAAAAGCUAGAUUUGCCCUUCUGCAUCAUUUAUAUUAGCAUCCAUCUGUGAAAUACUUAUAAAUUCCAAGAAAAUAAUUGGAUAUGUGUAUGAAGAGUA